GUCAACUGCCAUAUUGACAGAAAUUCAACUCUAAAAAACUAAAAGAUCUUGUUCUGCCUAUCAACCGAGACAAUUGUGACUUGAACUAAAACAGGAGUUACAGUUCAGAGUGUAUUGAGGUACAGUGUGUUAUUCUUUGUGAGGUUUACUCACUUCGAGAGCCAUGUUAGAUUUAGGACUACCUGUUACACAGAGAGACAUUGGUUACCACAUUGAGAAUGGUAUUUCUAAAGGUAGAAGGAAUUUAUAUGCUACAGUCGACUGUAUAACUCCUGAAAAUUGUACUGUAAACCCCCUAUCAGCUUCCAAACUGUACUGGGCAGUGUCAAUUCCCACUGCUCUUUAUGGAGCAGAGGUUCUUGAAUACAAUGACUCCAGCCUGGGUAAACUAGAACGUUUCCAUACUCAAACAGCUAAACAUAUUCAAGGUUUACCAAAACAUACAACAGAUUGUGCAUCCUUGUCACAGAUAGGCUGGUGUGACAUCAGUGAAGUUAUUGCAAUGAAGAAACUCAUGUACUUUUGGCAUAUAUUUAACACUUGUGCUGGACAAUGUAAAGCUGUGAGUAUUGCUAGAUGGUACAUCCUACUUUUUAAAAUAUUUAUCGUAGGGAUGUCAGUGUCUUCGCCUAUAGCUGAAAUAAUCAAACUAGGUACAAGGUUUAAUCUCUUAGAUAGAAUGAAGAGCUAUAUCGACCAAGGUAUAUUCCCCAAAAAACAUCAUUGGAAGAAAAUUUCUAAAAAUGCUGUAUCCAAUUACUACAUAAAUAGAUGGCAUCUAAAAUGCAUGAUGUAUACUAAGAUUAAGACGUACAGAGAUGUCGUCAAUAAUCGAGUUCCAAUAAUAUGGUACCAAUUAUGUAAAUAUAGGCCUGAUCUCAUUUUCAAAUGUAAGUUUAUGGUACGGCUGCUGGUGGGGGAAGCCAUUGGGAGGUAUGCAGAAGCUAAAGAAAAUAGAUUGUGUCCUUUAUGUGGAGAGUGUGAAACAUUAAUUCAUUUUAUAAAGGAUUGUACUGAACUUAAGAGUCGUCGAUUAUUAUUAAAACCCCUUAUUGACAAAUAUGGGAUGGCGUAUUGCCCUUUAUCUUCGCUCCAGAUGAGCAGGAUGACUGUAUAUUUAUUGUUAACACUUUGUAUGCGAUGUAUCAACAUCGAACAAACGCCAUUUUGUAAAUAUCAUCCCGACCUUGUAUUGUUCACCUAAAUGUUUGUAUAUAUGUUAACAUAAAUUAAUGUAUAUUAUGAUGAUCAAUUAUGGUCGCAAUAAAGAAAUAUAUAUAUAUA